AUGAAAGAGGUAUUUAAACCAGAAAUUUGCAUAAAUUUGCCUCUUGAACUCAUAAAGUACAUAAAAUAUGUUUAACGUUUAAAGUUUGACUAAAAACCUAAUUAUGAAUACAUGGAAAAGUUGUUUAAAAUAGAGGUGGAUAUAGCUAAAAGUCCUAAACUAUAAAUUUAAUAAAACCAGUUUAAAGUUAUACCAAAUUUAUUGAAUUUAAAAGGAAUAGUGAGGGAGUAAGGUUUGACAACUAGAAAAUCAUUGCAUCAAUAAGAUAACACAAGUCGAAGGAUUUCAUUAGAAGAUCUAAGUUCGACAGGUGCUGACAUAAUGUAAGAGUUGGACAAAGAUGAAGGUAUACAAUUAUAAAAUCUAUCAGUUGGCAUCAAACAGCCACAAAUACUAAAUAGUAUAAAUAAACUGAGAACAGAAUCAGCUUAGAUUUUUGAAUUUAAGGCUAAGCUAAUAACGAAUUAAUUACCUAUUUCCUUAAAAUAAUCAUCAUGA